CUAUGCUGAUACAAACAGGACCCGACAUCAUUGAGAAAUUCCCCGACCACAAGCUCGACAUACCCUAUGCCCACUGGCUCAUCAAACCGGACGACGGCGUGCCCACAGACGAGGAGAAGGGCACUACCAAAUGCCCAACACUACAAAAGUGCCUCGGGUAUCAGGCCUGUCUCUUCAACUUUGGAAUCGAGUUUUGUCAUAUGGACCCCGUGCCUGGUCAGAGGAAGAACUUGGGCGUGAACUUGACCUGCGUUCGAGACGAGGAGUUGCUCAGGUCGAUGCUGAGUGUGAACUACGAGGCGGAAUUUGUCCAUGAAGUAUUCCGGAGAACGAAAUUGAAAAUUAUGGCUGAUAAGUACAGUAGAUUUUAA